GUCUUCCCACACCCCGCACCACGCACGACUCACACCAGUCACUGUUUUCUCUCUCCAGACAACGUCCACCCAGCAAGACGAAGGAAUCACCAGCUGGCAGUUGGCGUUCCUGCUUCAGCCUGCGGAAACCAUCCUCUGUGGCCAAACGCCGACUGCAGCGCAGUCCCAGGGAGCCCUCAGAGACGGAAGUCGUGGCGCUGGCAGGUGAAUCGAGCCCUUGUCUACCCAGAAGAGCCGGGGCAAGUAGCGAUGGUGCGCUGUGUGCUUCCAUCGAUGGAGGGCUCUUAGGAAGCACGAGUCACGGUGGUUGCGAUGGAGAGAAGGAGCUCAUCCAAGUUCACGCCCUCAUUUCUCCCGGCUGUGCUGAAGAUGCUGACCUGAGCCUGCUGGACACCACAGUCACCAGCCUGGACUGUGACCCAGUGCCUUUGCAGUGCAGCCCAGCCCAAGCACAGUCCGAGUGCCCCGACAGCAGCACCUCCACGCAGGAGCAGGUCAGCGUCGCUGAGGAGAAGCCGAGCCUCUUGGAGGGGGACUUAGAAUCAGGCCUCCAGCCCCAGGCACCGGGCAGCAGCACUGAGAGCUCUGAGCCACUCUCUUCUGUGACAAGAGAGGAUGAGUCCCAUCUUUACCCUGGACCUCUCACGCCCUCCUGUCUUUUACAUAAUAAUAAAAGCACGCUCGUGCUCAAUCAACGCCUUGACUGCCUUCCGAGUCUUCAUUCACAGAGACUGGGACGAAUGCAACGAAGAGCAAGGCACGCCAGCUUGCAACGCGAUGGCUGUGGGGUGCGCGCAGCAGAGCUCUGGGUUUGUUCCCGUUAUGUCUGGCUUUGGGACGUCUGCAGCGAGA